GCUUCUACUCCUCGCCGCCCUACGUCCCACCUUCUCUGUCACCCCGGCGUGAACCCCGAGGAUCGCCAAUGGCGCACGCGGCGGAGGGGGAGAAACCACGGGAGGAGGAGCAGGAGCACGAGGAGGAGGUGAUCAUCGUCGGGGCGGGCCCGUCGGGGCUGGCGGCCGCCGCGUGCCUGUCCCUGCGCGGGGUGCGGAACCUCGUCCUGGAGCGCGACGACUGCGUGGGGUCGCUGUGGCGGCACCGCACCUACGACCGCAUCCGCCUCCACCUCGCCAAGCAGCACUCGGCGCUGCCGCACGCGCCGCACGGCCCCGCGGCGCCGACCUACCUCCCGCGCGACGACUUCGUGCGCUACCUCGACGACUACGCCGCCCGCUUCGGCGUCCGCGUGCGGCUCCGCCGCGAGGUCCGCGAGGCCCGCUUCGACGAGGCGCGGGGCGCGUGGCUCGUCGAGGCUGUCGACCACGCCACGGGGCUGGUGGAGCGCUACGCCGCGAGGCACCUGGUGGCCGCCGCCGGGGAGAACGACGAGAAGGUGCUGCCGGAGGUGCCGGGGCUGGACGGCUUCCCCGGGAAGGUGAUGCACGCCUGCGAGUACCGGACGGGCAAGGGGAUGGAGGGGAAGGCGGUGCUCGUCGUCGGGUCCGGCAACUCCGGCAUGGAGAUCGCCUACGACCUCGCCGAGGCCGGCGCCGCCACCUCCAUCAUCGUCCGCAGCGAGCUUCACCUUGUGACCAAGGAGAUCUGGAACGUGGCGAUGACGCUAUACAGGUACCUGCCGCUGUGGCUGAUCGACCGGAUCGUGCUCUUCAUGUGCAGCGUCGUGUUCGGGGACACCUCCCGCUACGGCCUCCGCCGGCCCGCCAUUGGGCCCUUCUCCAUGAAGAUCCACACCCCAGCCUACCCUGUCGUCGACGUCGGCACCUACGCCAAGAUCAAGACCGGCGAGAUCCGGGUCCUGCCGGCGAUGAAGGCUGUGCACGGGAACGUCGUGGAGUUCGCCGACGGCAAGCGGCACCCGUUCGAUGCCAUCGUCUUCGCCACCGGCUACCGGAGCACAACCAAGAAGUGGCUCAAGAGUGACGAUGGGCUGAUCGGCGAGGACGGGAUGGCGCGGCGGAGCUUCCCGGAGCACUGGAAGGGGGAGAACGGCCUCUACUGCGCGGGGAUGGUGAGGAGGGGCCUCUACGGGAGCUGCGAGGACGCCGAGUCCAUAGCCGAGGACAUCAGCAAGAAGAAGAAGAAGCCACACCAAGCCUGACCAUGAUCAUCGUCAGAAGAGCAAUAAUACCUUCUGGAGUCGCACAGCGAUCGUUGGGCGAGAAACAAUGGGUGUGUUGUGAUUAAUAUCUCGAAACUUAAAUAAUCUGGAAAACUAGCCGUAGCUUAUCUGUGAUUAUCGGGGAAACUAUUAUCUGUUCGUUGCCUUGUCUGUGCACAGUCCGGCCCGGACACAGUCCAGGUUAAUAAUUUCCAGAUGCGAUCUGCAGACCGAUC